AUGUCUGCGAAGCGGGAUCUGUCUGGCUACAACUAUGCUGCCAUCUCGUCUCUCGUCUUGACGGCCGACAGGUCCGCUCUACCCCGUCGCGACAAAGAACCUGAUGGUGCACCUACUUCUCUUGCAGGUCGCAUCGACCCCCGCGAGAUGGGCUCGAGGGUCCAGCGGGAAGCCCCUAAAGACCUCGAGAAGAAGAAGAAGAAGGCCGCGGACAGGCAGGACGACACCGAAAAGCAGCUCGCCAAGCGGCGGGCCGCAGCGGCCACUGGCUUUGGCUACACCGACAUCCUCGAUGCGACCCAGGACCUCGAGGGCUUGACCUACAGACCGCGGACGGCCGAGACGCGGGAAGUAUACGAGCUCGUCCUCGCAAGCGUGCACCAGGCUCUCGGAGACCAGGCGCACGACAUCGUCCGGAGUGCCGCGGACGCGGUGCUUGAGAGCCUGAAAAACGAGAACAUGAAGGACUUUGACAAGAAGAAGGACGUCGAGGACGUCGUCGGCUCGAUCUCGAACGAGCAGUUCUCCCAGCUGCUCAACCUGUCGAAGAAGAUCACGGACUACGGCGCCGAGGACGAGACGAUGGCGGACCCGGACAUGGAGCGGAAGGACGCCGAAAUCGACGACGAGAUGGGCGUGGCGGUCGUGUUCGACGAGGAGGAGGAGGAAGAGGAGGAAGAGGAGGGCUUCGAGGUGCGGGACGAGUCGGACGACGAAGGAGAGGAGGCAGGCGCGGAGGCACCCGAAUCGCUCGAAAACAACGACGAGCUCGUCAUUGGCGGCAGUUCUGCAGCACAACAAGGCAGGGCGCAGGUCGACAAGGACAUCGUCUCACCCCACUCCAUAGACGGCUUCUGGGUGCAACGCCAGAUCUCAGAGGUAUACCCUGACCCCGCCACCGCGGCGGAGAAGGCGUCGGCGGUGCUGUCGAUCCUGGGCUCCGAGUCGAACCUGCGCGACUGCGAGAACCAACUGAUGGACCUGUUCGAGUACCAGAGUUUCGACGUCAUCACCAAGUUCCUCAAGAACCGGGACGUGAUCGUCUGGUGCACGAAGCUCAUGCGGAGCGACGCGGACGAGCGCGUGAACGUCGAGGUCGCGAUGCGGGAGAAGGGCCUUGGCUGGAUCCUGCGCGAGCUGGCGGGAGACAGGAAGGCGAAGGCGCGGACGGACGCGAUGGACGUGGACGAGAGGCCGAAGGUGGAGGUGCCCAAGACCGCAACGCUAGCUCCCGGCUCAACGGUGCAGCCCAAGGCGACGGUCGACCUGGAGGGCAUGGCGUUCAGUCAGGGAGGGCACCUCAUGUCGAACAAGAAGUGCAAGCUGCCGGAGGGGUCGUUCAAGCGGUCAAAGAAGGGAUACGAGGAGAUCCACGUCCCGGCGCCGAAGCAGAAGCCGCUGGCCCCGGACGAGCUGGUGCCCGUCACGGCCUUGCCAGAGUGGGCGCAGCAAGGAUUCUCGGGUAUGAAGAACCUGAAUCGCGUACAGAGCAAGCUGUAUCCUGUGGCGUUCGGGACAGACGAGCCCCUGUUGCUCUGUGCUCCCACUGGUGCCGGAAAGACGAACGUAGCUAUGCUCACAGUCUUGAACGAACUCGGCAAACAUCGCGACGAGCAGACCGGCGCAUUCGAUCUCGACUCGUUCAAGAUCGUAUACGUCGCGCCGAUGAAGGCGCUGGUGCAGGAGAUGGUCGGCAACUUCAGCACGCGACUGGGUGUCUUCGGUGUCAAGGUCGGCGAGCUGACGGGCGACUCGCAAAUGACAAAACAACAGAUCACAGAGACGCAGAUCAUCGUCACGACGCCCGAGAAGUACGACGUUAUCACUCGCAAGAGUACGGACACCAGCUACACAAACCUCGUUCGUCUCAUCAUCAUCGACGAGAUUCACUUACUGCACGACGAGCGUGGCCCCGUGCUGGAGAGUAUCAUUGCACGUACUAUCAGGCGGAUGGAGCAGACAGGAGAGUACGUCCGCCUCGUCGGUCUGUCGGCAACAUUGCCCAACUACCAGGACGUCGCUACUUUCCUUCGUGUUGACCCUGCGAAGGGCCUAUUCUACUUCGACGCGUCGUACCGGCCUUGCGUCCUCCAGCAACAAUUCAUUGGUGUCACGGAGAAGAAGGCCAUCAAACGUUAUCAGGUCAUGAACGAGGUCUGUUACGAGAAGGUCCUCGACCAAGCCGGCAAGAACCAGACGCUGGUGUUCGUGCACUCGCGCAAGGAGACGGCGAAGACGGCGAAGUCCAUUCGCGACAUGGCUAUCGACAAGGAGACCAUCACGCAAUUCGUCAAGCCCGAUGGCGCCACCAGGGAGAUCCUGCUCGAGGAGUCUAACAACGUGAAGGACCCGAACCUCAAGGACCUCUUGCAGUUCGGCUUUGGAAUCCACCAUGCCGGCAUGUCGCGUGAAGAUCGUGGUCUCGUCGAGGAGCUCUUCGCCGACGGACAUCUGCAGGUGCUUGUAUGUACCGCGACGCUUGCAUGGGGUGUCAAUCUCCCCGCGCACACGGUCAUCAUCAAGGGCACCCAGAUCUACAAUCCCGAGAAGGGCCGUUGGGUCGAGCUUUCGUCACAGGAUGUGCUACAGAUGCUCGGUCGUGCUGGUCGCCCGCAGUACGACACGUUCGGAGAAGGCAUCAUCAUCACGAACCAUUCCGAGCUGCAGUACUACCUAAGCUUGAUGAACCAACAGUUGCCGAUCGAGUCGCAAUUCGUCGCUAAGCUCGCAGACAACCUCAACGCUGAGAUCGUACUCGGGACAAUUCGGAAUAGGGAUGAGGCAGUCCAGUGGCUCGGUUACACGUACUUAUACGUUCGCAUGUUGAAAGACCCAGGGCUCUAUAGCGUUGGCAUUGACUACCUCGAGGAUGACCCGAGCUUGAUCCAGAAACGCGCCGACAUUGCGCACACGGCCGCCGUGCUCCUGGAGAAGUGCCAUCUCGUCAAGUAUGAGCGUGCGUCUGGCCGGUUCCACAGCACGGAGCUCGGUCGUAUCGCGUCGCAUUACUACGUCACGUACAACUCGAUGGCGACUUACAACCAGCAUCUGCGCCCGACCAUGACGAUGCUCGAACUGUUCAGGGUGUUCGCCCUUUCGAACGAGUUCAAGCUACUUCCGGUUCGACAGGACGAAAAGCUGGAGCUUGGCAAGUUGCUCGAGAGGGUCCCGAUCCCUGUCAAGGAGAGCGUCGAGGAGCCCGCAGCCAAGAUCAAUGUACUGCUGCAGGCCUACGUCUCACAACUGAAGCUCGAAGGGUUUGCCCUAGUUGCUGACAUGGUGUACGUCCAGCAGUCUGCCGGCCGUAUCUUGCGCGCGAUGUUCGAGAUCUGUCUCAAGCGUGGAUGGGCCGUCCCCGCGAAGGACUGUCUCGCCCUCUGCAAGAUGGUCGAACGUCGCAUGUGGGGUUCCAUGACACCUCUCAGGCAGUUCAAGGGCGUCCCCGCAGAGGUCGUUCGGAAGGCCGAGGGAAAGCAGUUCCCGUGGUACCGGUACUUCGAUCUCAACCCGCCAGAGAUCGGUGAGUUGAUUGGGAUCCAGAAGGCCGGCAAUCUGGUGCACCGUCUCGUACACAGCUUCCCGAAGCUGCAACUGCAAGCUCAAGUUCAGCCCAUCACCCGCACGCUUCUCCGUAUUGACCUGACCAUCAUUCCCGACUUCCGGUGGGACGAGAAAAUCCAUGGAACAGCUGAGUCUUUCUGGAUCAUGGUCGAGGACGUCGACGGCGAGAUCGUCUUGUUCCAUGACACGUUCAUCCUUCGACAGCGAUAUGCAGAGGACGAGCACAACGUGACGCUGACCGUGCCCAUGUUCGAGCCAGUCCCUCCCAACUACUACAUCUCCGUAGUCUCGGAUCGCUGGCUGCAUGCGGAGACUCGUCUUCCCAUUCUUUUCAAGCACCUCAUCCUGCCGGAGAAGUUCCCGCCACCUACACCUCUCCUUGACCUCCAGCCGCUGCCGCUUUCGGCUCUGCAUAACAAGGAAUUCGAGAGUAUCUAUUCUUCGACCAUCCAGAUUUUCAACAAGAUUCAAACGCAGGUAUUCCAGGCCCUGUAUACGACUGACGAGAAUGUCUUCGUCGGAGCGCCAACGGGUAGUGGGAAGACCAUCUGUGCGGAGUUCGCACUCCUGCGACUCUGGAGCAAGCGUGAAGAACAACGCGCGGUGUGCAUCGAGCCGUACCAGGAGAUGGUGGACCUUCGUGUCGCUGAAUGGCGCAACAAAUUCGGCGGCCUUCAAGGCGGCAAGGAGAUCGUCAGCCUGACAGGAGAGACUAGCGCCGACUUGAGGCUGCUCGAGAAGGGAGACGUCAUCGUGUGCACUCCUGCCCAGUGGGACGUUCUGUCAAGGAGAUGGCGCCAGCGUAAGAACGUGCAGACGAUCGGUCUGUUGAUCGCCGAUGAGAUUCAACUUGUCGGCGGCGAGGUUGGUCCCACCUACGAGGUUGUCAUCUCUCGUACACGGUAUGUUUCCGCGCAGACUGAGAUCAAGACUCGCAUCGUCGCGUGCGGCGUGUCACUCGCAAAUGCUCGGGAUCUCGGUGAGUGGAUGGGGGCGCCCUCGCAUGCGAUCUUCAAUUUCCCUCCGAGUGCGCGUCCGCUGGACAUGGACAUCCAUCUGCAGAGCUUCAACAUUCCCCACUUCCCGUCGCUCAUGAUCGCUAUGUCAAAACCGGCCUAUCUGGCAAUCCUCGAGUAUUCGCCAACGAAGCCGGUCCUCAUCUUCGUUCCGUCUCGUCGCCAAUGUCAACUUACUGCAGACGAUAUCCUCACGCACUGUGGUGCAGACGACGACAGUAAUCGUUUCCUCAACAUCGAGGAGGCUGACCUUCAACCUCACCUGGACCAUAUCUCCGAUACCGGUUUGGUCGAGACCUUGAAACACGGUGUUGGGUACUACCAUGAAGCUCUGAGCAAACAAGACAAGAAGAUUGUCGAACGCUUGUUCCAAUCCGGUGCCAUUCAAGUCCUGAUCGCUUCGAAGGACACUGCUUGGAGUCUCCCCGUGGCCAGCUACAUGGUGAUCAUCAUGGGUGUCCAGUUCUAUGAGGGUAAAGAACAUCGAUACGUUGAUUAUCCCGUCAUGGAUGUCCUACAGAUGCUUGGGCGUGCAUGUCGUCCCAUAGAAGACGACAAAAGCCGCUGCGUACUCAUGUGCCAGCAGACGCGGAAGGACUUCUACAAGAAGUUCCUUGCCGAAGGCCUCCCGAUCGAGUCACAUCUGCCUACACACAUGCUCCACGACUAUUUCCUCGCCGAGAUCGCCGUGAAGACCAUCGAAAACAAGCAGGAUGCAAUGGAUAUUUUGACAUGGACGUACUUCUACCGACGAAUGACUCAAAACCCGAACUACUACAACCUCCAUAACGUCAGUCACCAACACCUCUCCGAUCAUCUGUCCGAGCUUGUGGAGAGCACCCUCAACGACCUCGUCAACUCGAAGUGUAUCGCCAUCGAGGACGAGAUGGACGUCUCCCCGCUCAACCUCGGUAUGAUCGCCGCAUAUUACAAUAUCUCAUACGUCACUGUCGAGGUGUAUACGCUCUCGCUCAAGGAGCGCACGAAGAUGAAGGGUCUUCUGGAGGUCGUUGCCUCGUCCGCCGAGUUCGAAUCAAUACCUAUUCGUCGACACGAGGACGUGCUGCUCCGGCGCAUCUACGACCGCGUGCCCGUCAAGCUCGACCGCGCGGACUUCGAGGCGCCGCACUUCAAGACGUUCCUCCUGCUACAGGCGCACUUCUCGCGUCUGCAGCUCCCGCCAGAUCUUGCGGCCGAUCAGGUGUUGGUGCUCGAGAAGGUCCUCAACCUGCUCUCGGCUUGCGUGGACGUCAUGUCGUCAAACGCCUGGUUGAAUGCCCUCAGCGCAAUGGAUCUGUCGCAGAUGUGCGUGCAAGCUUGCUGGGAGUCCGACUCACCACUCAAGCAGAUCCCACAUUUCGAGCCCGAAGUCAUCGCGAGGUGUAAGGCGGCUGGCGUGGACUCAGUAUACGACAUCAUGGAGAUGGAGGACGACAAGCGAAAUACUGUCCUGCGCAUGGACGCGCGCCAGAUGCGCGACGUCGCGACCUUCGUCAACUCCUACCCCACCCUGGACGUCAACUACGAGCUCGCGAAGGGCGACUACACUGCCGGCGCACCGAUACCCAUCAAGGUCUCGCUCAGCCGCGACGCGGACGAGGAGGGUGAGGGCGACGACGAGAUCGUGGUUGCGCCCUUCUACCCGCUCAAGAAGCUUGCGAACUGGUGGCUCGUCGUCGGCGAGCCCAAGACUCGCCAGUUGCUCGCGAUCAAGCGUGUCACUGUGCACAAGAACCUUGCGGUCAAGCUGGAGGUUUCGCUGCCGCAGGGUGCGCAUGCGCUCAAGCUCUACGUCAUCUGCGACUCGUACAUUGGCGCGGACCACGAUAUCGACCUUGACCCGAUCGACGUUGCGGAGGGCGAGGAGAGCGACAGCGAGGAGGAGAGCGAUGAUGCGAUGGAGGAGUAG